CUAUUUAAUACCCAUUUUUCUAAUUAGUGCCCAAGCCUUAUCCACCAUGACCCCCACACACCUCCUGCUAGUAGCUCUGCUACUCACACUCGCUGCCUCCUCUCCACUAGAGCUGACUGGGGAGACAUGGCAAGAUACCAUUGACAAGGAAAAUCCUGUGUUUGUAAAGUUUUAUGCUCCUUGGUGUGGACACUGUAAGAACCUUGCUCCUACCUGGGACCAGUUGGCAGACCAAUACAAGAGCUCUAACAUUGUCAUUGCAAAGGUUGACUGCACUACACACACAACUGUCUGUGCUGACAAUGGGGUCAAAGGUUAUCCGACCCUCAAGCUGUUCAGGGGAGGGGAAGUGUGGGACCAUCGCGGUGCACGUGAUCUCAACUCUCUUACAGAGUUCAUAUCAAGUCAUGUCGGAGACACACAGACACAGUCAGUCCAACCCAAAGCACUCACUGAUGCAACAUUUCCAGACUAUACGAGCACAACUCCUGGUCUGCAUUUUAUCAAGUUCUAUGCUCCAUGGUGUGGUCACUGUCAGAGACUUGCCCCUGUAUGGGAGGAGUUGGCUAGCGAGUAUAACAACAACCCAUCUGUACACAUCAGUAAGGUAGACUGCACACAAGAGACUGGUACAUGUGGACAACUGGAGGUCAAAGGUUAUCCAACUCUCCUUCUGUUAGUGAAUGGUGUGCUGGUGCAUAAGUACAGUGGAGGCAGAGACCUUGAGUCCCUCACUAGCUUCAUAGUAGACGCUCUUACAACAGAGGCUCCACAGGUACGGGGGGUAGUGGAACUAACCAAGGAGAGCUUUGGGCCAGCCCUGAUCGAGAAUCAAGUUGUGUUUGUUAAAUUCUACGCUCCCUGGUGUGGCCAUUGUAAGAGCUUGGCCCCUGUCUGGGAUCAACUGGCAGAGGCUAUCCACAGCUCCUUCACUACUGCAAUCAUUGCCAAGGUUGAUUGCACAGUGGACAAAGAGCUCUGCUCUGAGCACCAAGUACAUGGCUACCCGACACUUGUCCUCUUUAAAGAUGGGCAAAGAUUUGAUUAUCGUGAUGCGAGAGAUUUCACUUCGCUACUCAAUUUCGUUAAAGACUAUAGUAACUGAAUUUAUUAUGCAAGUUUUGCUUUUGCUUGAUUUGUACGAUUAAUGCAAUAAUGUGUGUUUGGCCUAAAUUGAA